AUGCCAUUCACAUACAAGAAGGUGCUUGUGAUCGGUGCCACAUCUGGCAUCGGAAAAGCGCUGGCCACGAAACUCGUGGAAAAUGGAACGCAGGUUAUAGUUUCUGGGCGGAGAAAAGAGGAACUGGACGAUUUCGUCCAGAAACACGGCGACAACAAAGUCAAGGCAAGAGUGUUCGAUAUCACGCAUUUAGACAAGAUCCCCCAAUUUGCAUCGGAAGUGAUCACAGAGGUUCCCGACCUAGACUGCGUUUUCGUCAACUCCGGCAUUCAACGACCUUUCGAUUUCUCGAAGCCGGAGACUGUUGACUUGGACAUUCUUGACCAAGAAUUGAUUACCAACUACACGUCGGCCGUGUAUCUCACCAAGGCCUUCAUCCCCCAUCUCCAGAAGCAGCAGUCACAGGCAGCCAUUGUAUUCACCACAUCGCAAAUGGCCCUUGUGCCCAUGAUGCGCUGCCCCAAUUAUGGUGCGUCCAAGGCUGCUCUGCAUCAUUUCGUUCUCGUCUUGCGCACGCAGCUUCAGGAUGGCCCUGGCAAUGUGAAGGUACUAGAAAUAUACCCCCCUGCCGUGCAGACUGAGCUCCAUGAUACCAGGCAUCAGCCUGAUCUGAAGGACGGUCACCUGAUCGGCAUGCCUCUUCAGGAGUUUAUUGAUGAGAUGUGGGCCCGGCUUUCAAAUGGAGAGGAUCAAAUUCUGGUGGGUUCUGCAAAGGAUGUCUUCAAUGCAUUCGAGACCAAGAGGCAGGAGUUGUAUCAGCAGAUGACCGCGACACUGUCCGUGCUGUUGAAACAGUUUCUGCGCCGAAAGUCGGAUAGCUGA